CAACCUGAUGUAUAUCCAUCCUUAAAUCAAACCCCAUUUUUCUCUCAAUCUUCUCAUCAGAAGACCAAAAUCUUCUGAUUCAUUUCAAUAGAAGAGGGGGAAAAAGUGUUAAGAAGUAGAGCACUUGUUCUUUUUUUGUUUUUGACAGAGAAUCCAGAAUAAAAUGAAGACCAGUAACAGCAAUACUAAGCUAAUUCUCCUCCAUCCUUAUAUCCAAAAACAAGGAAGCUCAAACAGAUUAUGGCUUCUUGCUUUUGUCUCCUUCUUCACCAUAGCUUUCCUUCUAACUCUUAUAUACACCAGAGAGUCGAUUACUACUAAAACUACUGCCCCAAGCACAACAGUCACCGGCCCUGCAGGCUCCGCCAUUGGUGGUCCGCCGUUGCCAACCACCGUGGUCAACACCCUCCUCCACUAUUCUUCAAAAUCCAACGAUAGUUACCACAUGACAUACUCAGAGCUCAAGCCAAUCUCCGAUGUGCUGAGGAAAUGUUCUUCCCCUUGCAACUUCCUUGUUUUCGGUCUAACACAAGAAACCCUUCUCUGGAAGUCCUUGAACCACAACGGACGCACAGUUUUCAUCGACGAAAACCGGUAUUACGCCGCUUAUUACGAAGAGUUACAUCCCGAAAUCGAUGCCUACGAUGUACAAUACACGACCAAGAUUAGUGAAACCAGGGAGCUAAUAGCAUCGGCUAAAGAACAGAUUCGGAACGAGUGCAGGCCGGUCCAAAACCUGUUGUUCUCAGAGUGCAAGCUUGGGAUCAAUGAUUUGCCGAACCAUGUUUACGAAGUGGAUUGGGAUUUAAUAUUGAUUGAUGGACCAAGAGGUGAUGGACCCGACGGACCUGGAAGAAUGCAACCCAUCUUCACUUCGGGGGUGCUAGCGAGAAGCAAAAAAGGGGGCAAUCCAAAGACUCACAUAUUCGUUCAUGAUUAUUACAGAGAUGUGGAGAAGAUGUCUGGGGAUGACUUUUUGUGCAAGGAAAACCUGGUGGAAUACAAUGACACGCUUGCACAUUUCGUGAUUGAAAGAAUGGAGGAAAACAGCUUUCAGUACUGUCGCAACAACAAUAAUAAUAUUACAUCCACAAAAGCUUCCUCAUCUUCCUAGUUAAAACUACUUAUCCAACUUCAUAAAAAACAUACAGUCCAAAGGGGUCAGUCAAGAUAUGGUACUGAAGAAAAAGAAAAAGGAGAAUAUGGAUUAUUUAUCAUGAUUUCAUUGGAAUUUUGUGUUAGAUCGAUCGACCCUUUUUUGUUGAGGGGGUGUGUGUGUAAGAAAUAACCCUUUUUCUUUACAAUGAAAAGAAAUUUAAGUUCCUUGAAUCGGAAGUUUCAGCA